CGGAGACUCCAGGCUCCCCACAGCCUUCCCCGCGCCGCAGAGCAAAGUCUCUUGGCGUCGCGAGCCUGUCUUGGCUUGUUGGCUCUUCUGGCAGCCGUUGAGUGCGAGAUUUGCGUUGGGCCUGCCCGGACUGGGCUUACAGGAAAGCGGGGCUUCUCAGUCAGGCGGUGGGUGCCCGGUUCGGGAGUCAGAAAAUCAGCUUUCCAGUCGGCCUAAAUAGGUCUGUCGUCCAAAAGUGAGAGCUUCCCUCAGCAAGUCGGGAAAGCCUUCUGGGCCGCUGGGACUCCGCCAAGAAAACGCGCAGACGCAAGAAAGUGUGCUGAGGCCGGUCUAGCCAGGAGCCCUUGGCUCUUGGAACAAGAACCGAAGUCAUCUUUAUGAAAAGAAUUGGUUGUAAUACAUGAAUGUAAACUUCUGUGGCAAACAAUGCUGAAGUGUAUGAAAUAAAACUGACAAUCCUACUUCAUUUUUUCUCUAAUCACUGCUCUACCCAUAGUUACUCAUCUUCUCAUCUUCUGAACCACACGGCUCUGAUGUGAGAGCCAGCUGCGGCGAAGGCUCUAGCCCCUCCUCUUCCUGAGGACCCCUGCUGCUGCCGAUGGCAGAUCCCCUGCCACAGCUGGCACCCACCAGGCUACUCUAUUCCUCUUGCUCCACGGAGAGGACUCUGCAGUGCAGCUGUUCCUUCCAUGGUAUCCCCACACCCUCCGUGCAGUGGUGGAUGGAAGGUUCUCUUGUAGAUGAGAACAACCCAGAUGGCGACCUCCAGGUGACUUCCACCAUAAUUGCCCCCUGGGCCAACAGCACCAUCAGCUUGGCGGAGAAGCCAAAAAAGAGCACGAAGCUUCUCUGUAAGGGGAAGAACCGAAAUGGAACCCAUGCUUUGAGCAUCCUACUGAUACCAAGAAAGAGUCCUCCAUCCAGCAAGACCUUCAUUAACGGGCUGAUCCAGGGCAUUGUCUACGGAACCAUUGCAACAGCAUUGAUGUUCCUCUGCUUCUCCCCACUCAUAAUGAAAUAUAUCAGAAUGAAGCUGACAAAGGAAGUUGCAGCAAUCAAAGCAGAAAACAACCCUACAGUCAGACCAAGCCAAGAAGCCAAGAUGCCUCUGAAGCCUGAAGAGCCAGGAAAAUCCACAAUCAGCUCAUCUUCAGAGAACCAAAUAUUGCAUCCCUUACCCUAAACUUCCAGAAAAAGCAAAAUAAACUGGAACUGGAACUGAUGACACCUGUGAAGACUACAUGCCUACCUGGAGUCCCCACUGUCCAUGGAAUUAUCACAGUCUACAGAAUUCUCAGCAGCUCCAGAAACCCUGGAGUCUAUGACAAACCCAAAGAUCCCUAAAGCCCCACCUGUCCCUCACAUUGAUUCUCCAUUGAAUAGGGUUACUUUGGGACCUGGUCUUAGAACAUUUGACAGCAAACUCUAUGAUUUGCUGUUCAGGUUAACUAGAAGAAAUAUGCUCUGGUCUGGGAUGGUGUCAAAGGAAGGGAAAAUUAAUGUGAGAUCAUGGUCCACCUAAAAGUAGCUUUUGAGCCCCUACUGUGUGCCCAGAAC